CUGCGUUCUUGCUGUAGGUAGAGUAGGCUUCCCCUGCUUGUGCAAAGCCAUUGUCAAAGAAAAUACAUUCCACUCGCGAAGUCACCAGGGUGCAACUGUCACCAAAAAGCUAUGGGAUUUCAGAUUAUAUUAUUGCUCGUCUCCUCUCUAAUGCCAUUAACAUGGGGGCUUGGUGUGGAUUUAAAUUGUCCAAUGACCUUCAGAAGUGGCAUAAACAACAUUACCUGCAAGAUCAAUAAGACAGCCAUUGAAAAUGCUGAUUGUAAUUUCAAGCAAAACUCGGUGACAUUUGACCUUACAGUGAAUUCUGUUCCUCGCACUGUGUGCUAUGUUGCAUAUGACACUCCAGAAAUCUGCACUGGAGACCAACAUCAAAAGGGUUGCUUUUGUACUAAACAAGUUGGCGAUAUUUUUGAGUAUGGAUUUAUUUUCCAGUACAACAGUUCUGAACACAAACAUGGAAGUUUGGAGUGCAAACUUUGCGUUUCACCUAAAACACUUAAUGUAACAACCACUGAUAGCUGCAAAAACUUUACAGAAGAGGGCGAGGAGAAUUCUCCUAGUAGCGGGGGACACAUUAGCAGAACUGGACUAAUUGUUGCUUGGAUUUCACUGUUCAGGCAGCUACUACUUAUGCUCUAAAAAAUCAGGGGAAACUACAUCAGAACACAAAACCAACGACUUUAUCUAGAGUACUGUCGCCACCUUGUAAGACAAUAAGAACACUUCUUACAACUAUAAAGCAGCUUAAACUAGAGUGACCUGGCUGUACUGUUGAAGUCCAUCCUUCAGGAUACCUUGUCUAUCCUUAAGACUCACUUUCUAUGGUGAAAGACAUCCUUUGAAAGUAUAAACAGACAUUUGUAGUCUUGGUUACAUUUCAAAAUAAUAAUAAUCAGAAAAAAAGAACGUUUCUGUGAUAAUCUUGAUAUGUUGUUGUUGUGAAGUUAGAAAACUGUACUUACACCAAUGUACAAGCAUUGUACAACUUCCUACUCUGUCCAUGGAGUCGCAUGUUUGCUAUAAAACUUUUAUUCCUCUCCUAUUCCAAACUCUACUGUUCAUCAACAUUAUUUCAGGGCCCAGACUCAUACUCACCUUUUUGUCAAGUCUUUGUUCACAUCAGUCUUAGCUUAUCUAGAGUCUAAAUGUUUCACCUGAUGUAAUAUGCCCUGUUUAUUCAAAGGCUUCUUAGUUUACAUAACUAAAAAAAGAAUACUCUAUAUCCUCUUCCAAUAUCAUUGUCAACUUUCGAAUGGUCCUGUUCAUCGAUCUUGCCAUGAGAACCUUCCGUAGUUGCUGACAUUGCGUAAAACACCUACUAACAAGCAGGCAGUGAAGGAAGUCAGAUAUAUUUUGUGGCUAAUGAAAAUGCUGAUUUAAUUUUUGUUGUUGUUGUGAUUAUUUGUGAUUAAUGUUGUGAAAAUAAGGAUUUUAUUGCAUCAUGUAAAAGACCUUCCAUCACUCUGCUGCUCAAUGGAGAUUUAGCCUUACACUUUGUAUGGAAAAAUACUUUUGACGUCAAUGUACCUUAAAAUUAUACUAUUGUGAACCGUUUUGAGUUAAAGUUGUGAAAUAUAUUUGCUUUGUGGCAAUUAUUAAAACAAUCUUUAUAAAGAAAUAUUGGUGCUUUUUUACAUUUUUGCAUUAUGGAAGCAGUUUACAAACUUUUUUCUGCUGAGGUGCUAGAGGGAAAAAUCCAUGUUGCAUGUUGAAUUUUUAAUUUUUCUUUUAAAAAUGAAAU